AUGGCUCUAAAGUAUCAGUUCUGCGUGCUGUUGAUGAUCUUCCUCGGCAUAUCGUCGGCAGCAUCUGUCAUACCCUCUUACACAAUCGUCUCUUCCAAAAUGAUGAAACCUGGCAGUAACUACCAGUUCAGUUUGACGACAACAAACGAGAUGACCUUUGAAUUUUUACUGGAAGCUUCAAUCAAGAAAAGUGAUGGAUCUGCUUUGGUUCAAAACAAAUUUACUUUACAAACAAACGUUGCAAAAUUACUGAACUUGGAAAUUCCGGCAAUUGUUCCAGAAGACACUUAUACGUUUUCAGUGAGUGCAUCAGGAGGGAUAACUUUCGUCAACAGCAGUCAGCUGUCUGUCAACAGGAAGGUGCACUCGAUCUUCAUCCAAACAGACAAAGUCCUGUACAAACCUGGACAGACAAUUUUAUUUAGAGUGAUCUCCAUCACUCCCGAUUUGAAACCAUACACAGAUAAAGUCAACAUUACAAUAUAUGAUACCGCACUGAACAAGAUAAAAAAACUGGUUGAUCAGCAAAGUGAAAAUGGUGUAAUCACCGAUAGUUUGAAAUUGUCAGACAUCACCUCGUUGGGACAGUGGAAAAUACAUGCUGAAUCGCAGUUGAUUGAUGGAAAAGGAGACCUGUCGUUGACGCUAACUGAUUUGAAAGCAUUGAUGCCAACACAAUGGGUAGAAGGCACGUUAAAUGGUCAAACUUUGUUUGUGGAAGCCAACGUCACUGAAACUGAAACGGGAAUAACUUUGUCAGGGAACAGUACAAUCGACUGCAAAAGUCAAAGAUUGAAGUUAGAAUUUUUAGCGAACUCCCCUGAUAAUUACAAGCCAGGAUUGACCUUUAACGGAUAUUUAAGCCUGAAAAAUAGUGACGACAGCCCGCCUACAUUGAGUGACAUUAAAAACAGUGAUGGAUCAUUCAAGACCAUUACCAUUAAAUCUACUACGUAUUAUUAUCACUCCAAUAUUCACACUAACUACGAAAAAAUAUUUACGGUUCCUUUAACAGAAAAUGGAUAUGUUAUUUUCAACUUUCCCACUUUACUACAAUCUGAGAACGUUAAUUUUGAAGCAUCAUUUAGAGACGAAGUGACGGACACGACAUUAACUGCUUACAAAUACGUCAAUAAAUUUGAAACAAGAGACAAAGGAGGCAUUCAAAUAACUCUGAUAAACACUGAAAAUAUAAUUAAGCCAUCUACCAUUUUGCAAUUUCAAGUGAAAACGGUUGAUGCGAUCAAAGAUUUUCAGUUACAAAUGUUGGCGAAAGGUCUUAUCAUAGAAUCAAAACAAAUGAAAUUUCCCAGUCCUCAAAAGGAACACAUAUUCUCUUUGGAAGUAACAGCCGAACUGGCUAUCAAGUUGGCACCAGAAGCCAGAUUUGUUGUUUCAUAUGUCUCACCCACUGGAGAACUGAUUGCUGACAGCUUGUCCAUUCCUGUGGCUGAUUUUUUUGCUAAUAAGGUGUCACUGAGUUUCAAUAAAGACAAAACAGAACCAGGAGAUGACAACGUUUACUUGAACGUGAAGACAAAAGAAAAUUCUUUCGUAGGUUUGCUGGCUGUGGAUCAAUCCGUGAUGCUACUGAGUUCCGGAAACGAUGUUACACAAGACAUGAUAAAAUCAGAGCUCUCCGCUUACUCGGAAUUAAAUUAUGAUGGAGGUCAUUUUGGUGGUCUUGGUCGAUUUGGCAUUGCGAGAUGUUUGGGUUGCUGGAGUCCUUUUUGGCUGGGAGGCAGUGAUACUUACUCUGUUAUUGAUAACGCUGGAUUAUCAGUUAUGUCCAACCUUCAUGUGCAAAGAAGUUAUCGUCCAAUAUAUUGGGAUCUUAUGAUGAACGCCGAGACUGUGGCAGUUCCUGACAUUGAUGGACCAAGUGUUUCAUCAACACCGGCAACUACAACUGUUAGAAAAGAUUUUCCAGAGACAUGGAUUUGUGCAAAAGGAGAUUAUCAACUGAAAGUAAAAGUUCCAGAUACCAUCACUUCAUGGGUUGCUACAGGAUUUUCGGUAAACCAGGAAGCAGGCAUUGGGUUGUCAGAAAGUUCCGCCAAAAUAACUGUCAUCAAACCAUUCUUUAUUUCGUUGAACUUGCCGUAUUCCAUCGUAAGAGGAGAAGAAUUUGCCCUUCAAGUCACUGUUUUCAAUUAUUUUGGUCAAGAUUUAGAGGCUCAAGUGAAACUUUUGGCAUCAAAUUAUUUCAAAGUAAUAAAAUGUGAUAAUAAAGAACUUCAAUCCGUCGAGGUCGUAAAACAUUUAAAGGUUGGAAACAACGAUGGUAAGUCAGUGUACUUUUGGGUGGUUGCCACUGCAAUCGGUCAAAUACCCAUUGAAGUCAGUGCUCAUGCAGGAUUGGCUGCCGAUGCCAUGAAAGCCACACUGCUCGUUAAGGUGAGUGACAUUAUUGGUUCUGCUAUGAACAACAUUGGAGAUUUGUUGAAAAUGCCUUACGGUUGUGGUGAACAAAAUCUUCUUCACUUGGUUCCUGAUGUUUAUCUUCUCAAAUACUUCACUGAAACUGGACGACUAACUCAAGAGUUUGAUCAAAAAGCUAAAAAUUUUAUCAACGAUGGCUACCAGAGGGAGUUGACAUAUCAAAGGUUGGAUGGUUCUUUCAGCGCAUUUGGAAACAGCGACAAAGCUGGAAGUAUUUGGUUGAGUUCAUUUGUUAUCAAAUGUUUCCACCAAGCAAAAGAGUACAUUCCAGUUGAAGACAGCAAAAUAGCAGCAACGAUGAAUUGGAUAAUUGGACUACAAGGCACUGAUGGAACGUUUGCAGAGCCUCCCGAGGGUAAAGUUAUUCACAAGGAUAUGCAGGGAGGAUCGUCAUCUGGGAUUGCCUUGACGGCAUACGUUUUGAUAGCCUUACUAGAAAACAAAAAUAAUCCCAUGACCAAUUCUGCAAGACUGACGUCGGCCAUCAACAACGCCAACAAGUAUUUGGAGAACAAUUUCCAUUCGUAUUCCAACGAUCCCUAUGCUCUAGCCAUCAUUUCAUACGCCCUCCACAAGUCUGGAAGCUUAAAGCUGACUGAUACUCUGGCACUGCUUGACAAGCUGGCAAUCAACAAAGAUGGAGUGACGUACUGGAAGAAAGAUGUGAUUGAAAGUACCUCUGAAGGCAUCUGGAGAGGACCUUAUUCGCAAGCCAAGUCAUACAAUAUUGAAAUUGCUUCCUACGUCCUCAUGGUCUAUGCGGAGAAAAAAGACUUUUCAAAAUCAAUACCGAUUGGAAAAUGGCUUCUGAAGCAACGGAAUGCUUUCGGAGGUUUCGCAAGUACCCAGGACACUGUUCUGGGCUUGGAAGCACUGGCGUCAUUUGCACCUUUAAUCAUUCCAUCAAGCGAUGGAGCAGGAAUUACUGUAACUGUAACAGACGAGAGUGGAUCAUUCUCCCAUACUUUCGACACCGUCACCAGACAAAACGCUCUCUUCCAACAAUCCAUUCAGCUCCCACAAUCAACAUCACUUGCCUACGUGUUAGCCAAAGGUGAAGGUGUGGCUCUUGUUCAGAUGAACGUAAAUUACAACGUAGAGAAUGACAAUAAAGAUCAGUUUCUAACUCUCGACCUGUCAACCAGAUCUUCAAACAAUGACCUCAGUUUGAGCGUUUCAACCAGCUGGAGUGGAUCUGAAGUGACGGGAAUGGUAGUCGUGGAAAUAAACAUCCUGACUGGUUACUCCUUGCUCGAUGAUGGAAACUUCAUUCAACAGAUUGGAAGUACAUUCAAGAAGGUUGAGAAGAGCUCAAACAAAGUUGUCAUCUACUUGGAUGAGCUCACUUCUCAGCCACUGAAGUUUGACGUCCUACUUCAGGAACAACUGAAGAUUGCAAAUGUUAAACCGGCUCUCGUUAAAGUGUACCGUUACUACGAACCAGGAACGCCAGUUACAGGAUUUUAUUCGACAGUUUCAGGACAGACGUGGGAAGGGGCGUGUCCUCAGUGCUGUUGA